AUGGCCAGUAUUGGAAGCAGACGAAAGAAUCCACUGAAUUUAAGUCUACCUGCAACUGUGAAAGAAAAAAAUGAACUGAAGAAAGAUGGAGCAAAAGCUGAUACUGUUGAUACCUCAACCUGCUCGUUAGAAGAUCAAAUCAAGCAAAUGACACUCACAGAGCCUCAAAAACUUCGAAUGCGAGAAUGGAUGAAAGAAAAGAAAUUGGUACCACUGAAUGAGUUAAACGAAGAUAUGCUGGAGAAAAUGUGUGAAUUAGGGCAUGGUAAUGGUGGUGUUGUCAGCAAAGUUAUACACAAACCUAGUAAAAUUAUCAUGGCCAGGAAGCUUGUCCAUUUGGAAGUAAAGCCAUCUGUAAGAUCACAAAUUUUAAAGGAGUUGGAUGUAUUAAACAAAUGCAGCAGUCCAUAUAUUGUUGGCUUCUAUGGUGCUUUUACUGAUAAUAACGACAUAUCUAUAUGCAUGGAGUAUAUGGAUGGAUUAUCAUUAGAUGUUGUAUUAAAAAAGGUUGGGAAGCUUAAAGAAUCGCGUUUAGGUCGCAUUGCUGUUGCAAAUUCAUACAGAUUUCACUCCUCUUUAUUGGUUCUAGAUGUAAAACCUUCAAACAUAUUGGUCAAUAGUCGUGGGGAAAUUAAACUGUGUGAUUUUGGUGUGUCGGGUAUGCUGAUUGAUAGCAUGGCUAAUAGUUUUGUUGGUACUCGAUCUUAUAUGGCUCCAGAAAGACUGACUGGAAGUCACUACAAUGUACAGUCCGAUGUUUGGAGUUUUGGUUUGUCUCUUGUAGAAUUGUCAAUUGGAAGAUAUCCAGUUCCAUCACCUACAGCAAAAGAGUUUGCUGAGAUUUUCAACAUACCAGAAGAAAAAUUAGAAUUCCCUGAAGGCGCAGUAUUGCCAACUUCUGGUACACCCUCAACACCGAGGACUAUGGCAAUUUUUGAAUUGCUUGACUACAUCGUAAAUGAGCCUCCACCUUUAUUGCCAAAAAAUAUAUUCACUGAUAAUUUUAUCGAUUUCGUUGGAAGAUGUGUCAAAAAGAAUCCUAUAGAAAGGGCAAAUUUGAAAACGUUAAGCAGUCAUGAGUUUUUCUUAAAACAUGCAAAUGCUGAGGAUUGUGGCGAAUUUGCACAGUUUAUACAGCAGACAAUAAGUUUGAACAAUCACUCUUAA